AAGGAGAUAGGAACCAUCUCAUAUUGGAAUGAUAUCAGAUCAGAUGAUCCAUUUUAUCACAUUGGUCUGUAUUCUUCGGCAGCGCAGAGUAACUUUUAAAUUCAAACUCUGGAGCUCGAUUCAGAUUAAACAACUUGUUACGGCUUUGAUACAACCUUCAACAUCGCUCACGCUGGUUUGUCCAUGCAAAAUGAAAUGAAAAACGAUCGUUAACGAAUGGUUAAAUUAUAAUCAUCCUCCUGUUCAACUUGCUCACCAAACAGCUUUUAAAUUAUACACAAACGACUGUAGGUGUCGUCAGCAUUUUCUCACAAAACUUGAAAUGAUGCAAAAAACAUCAAACCGUUAUUGACUGGCACUUCAUAAAGCUCUUAGGUGCUUUCAAAGUGAAAGCUUAGAACGGGGCCGAAAGGCUGUCGUCUUGGUGCAUUUCUGUGCAACGCUGCACUGAAACACUUAGCAGAGACUUAAGACAUUGUGCGGGAACACGAAUAUUAUGAUUCUAGUUUUGUUCUAGUUUCGUGUCGGUAUGAUCGUGUCAUUCACGACGACGCGUGCCUUGACUCGUAUUCUCAUCUUAUUAAAGGUUAGAAUUGACAAAUCUGCUAGUCUUCGUGGAUGACACUUGAAUAUAUAGUGAGGCUCGAUUUGUAUCAAAUUUCUUCUUAGGGUUGACAAUGAACGGUCUUUCGGGGGCGUUGUAUUAAGUCUACUCUUUGGUUCUUGUGCAACUGUGUAAACGCGGCUUAAUAAAAUGUGUCUACUAUGUCUAUUGGUUUCUGGCCACAUCUUGUUGUCAAUCGGACGUUUUUUCAACCAAUUUAAUAUAUUAAAUGAAACAGGUUUAGGCUCAGCCUUGGGGCUCAGCAUCAAGUUUUAUUUCAGAAAAGGUUGUGCAAUUUUAUUAGACUUCUGUGUAUAUCGUUUGUAAUAUUUGCAAGAUUUUCAAAUAACUUCCGCUCAAUCAGUCACGUACAACUAUGGGUGACUUACAAGCGGUGUAUGAUAAAAUUAAAGAAGCUGGAAAAAACUCUGUGGAUGGCAUUGUGCAAUGGUUGCAGGAAUCUAAAGUAAUCGACAAAGCCAAAGAAAACGAGGACAAAGUCCGUUCAUAUUUCGCAGACGUAUCUAACAAAAACGAUAUAUCCGCCGAAAAGUUCAAAGAGGUCGUCGGUAAAAUAGCCACGGACCAGAAGAAGAAUGUCGAAGAUCUGGCGAAAAACUUGGAGCAGUUUGGGGGUGCGUUGGGGGCCGCGGUCCAAGCGGGCGCUAGUAAAGCACUAGGCGCUUUGGGGAUGAAAUAAUGACAAGUUAUAAAAUUGUUUAAAUAGAAUAAAUCUAUAGAAAAUGUAUACAUAACCUUUUUUUCUAGUUUCAAAGAGUGUGUAAUGGGUUUAUAUGUGUGU